AUCUGUCAAUUACACACUUAUUUACAUUUCAUAAAAAUAUAAACUCGCUAUUGCACUUUAAACAACUUAUUUAUCUUCAUUGAAAAGUCAUUAAUUUUCGUUCUUUAAAAUAACAAAAUGCCCUGCAGAAUUACAGACACGGAUUCGAUUUCCGCCCGUUUUCAGCCCAGUGUAAGAAUUGGAAACUGGGUGGAGGAAAACUGUCUAGAGGAGGACAAAAUAGUGGUUUUCAAAAAGCAACGCGAUCGAGGAGAAUUGCUGGUGGAAAAGGCUCGCACUUUGUACGAUAAUUUCCACAAGGAGAUCGUUUUGGCUGCCCCCAAGCAGACGAUUAUUUUCGGUGCCACUGUGCAGCUAAUGCCCAUCUACAUGAACAUCAGCGAGAUGGACACCUCCGAUUUGAACGCAGCUCUGUCGGUGGUGAUCAAUGAAAAGGUGGUGCGAAGCAGCCAGUCGAUCAACGAGGACUGCGAACUGACUGUGGCUCCUUCGAAGCGUCCUUGUGUACGCAACUCCUUCAAGAUAGUCAGUGGCGAUGGGCGGGACCGGACCGGGGAGAACAUCAAGUACGGACAACGAUUCCAGCUGCAGUGCGUGGGCUCCUCGGAGGACGACCCCAUUGUACUGUACAGUGGGCCCAAGCGGUGCAAUCUGCAGCAGGGCGUCAGUGCCACCUACUUGUCUCACAAAAACGGGGAGCUCAAUCUCAACUUGGGACUCAUGCUUCGCAGUAAAAUAACCAGUCCCGAAAACGAUAUACCCAUGGCGUACACAAAUUGGUUUUGCAGACACGUGGAUCCAAAACAACGCUUUGAAAGCGAAGGAGAAGACAUACCUAGCAACUCCCCUUUGGUGAUUGUACACGCAACCACGAAUCGAAAUCUGGCUGCUGAAAAUGUGCUAAUACAAACUCUUUUUGGUCCGGAAUUCCUGGUGUCCGUACAGAAUUAUCGCAACAUCUAUAAGCACGAGAUCUGGAAAAACGUGUGGAUGAUCAGCAAUGGACAUCAAACUGGAGCAAAGCCAGCAAAUUCAUCGUCUCACUGAGUUUUUAAUGCUUCAAAUGCAUUAAAAGCAUUGCGUUUCCUAAAAACAGGCCACAACAAUUAGGUAUUGUGUGAACUUGAUUUUUAUGUGGCGAAAAUUUAAAUUUCGCACAUAAACUUGGUCGAGCCGAGCCCCUGCUGUUUGGCCUAAAUAGAAAUUGGCAUUUGGCGGCUAAAUUUGAGGAGAAAUUACCUCUAACUGGGGCGGUAAUUAAGAUUGAGUUGGUAAAAAAGGUUAUAAGCUUAAGAGUGACUUGAAUAUAAUUAUUCACCAUUAAAAUCUAAAAGUGGAAACUAACAAGAUUGAAUCCUAAAACUGAAUUAAAUAGUAUAAGUUUGCAUUACUGAUAUCAUAUAUUUUUGCCAAAUUAAUAAAGUAGAGCUAAAUACCUAACAAAA